AUGAACAAUACGAUAGCCUCACCAGACACAACAACGAAUUUGUUGAAUACGCUGCCGAUCGAAAUCUUAUGGGACGUUUUCGAACAUCUUUUGCCCGGAUGGGUAGGCCUCACCCAUAAGAGACUAUGCACUCUCAGGAGUCUAAGCCGGACAGACCAACUUACAAGGGAACGUGUCAAUGCCUAUGUAGAUCUCAAAAACACCUAUCUUGAUGAACAAUUACAAGAUUUAAAAAAUAAUGUGUUUUACCCUGGUCGUGAUGGAGCAACUAGAGCCCUUUCGGAGGAAGCCAACGCAGCAGAUAUGGACGCGGAAGGCGAUGAAGGUGAUGAAGGUGAUGAAGGCGAAGAAGGCGAUGAAGAAAUGGAUCAGCAAGAAGAAGACGAGUAUGAUGAAGAUGAAGAAGAGGAAGACGACCCAGAAUUUGAAUUCGAAAUGGAGGUCAAUGCAAUGUAUGCCCGUAUCGAAUCCACUAUGGCCAACGAGGAUGAGCUGUUGACUCAAAUCAUCGUUGACGAUUGCCCCUGUUGCUUCCGAUGGUUAUGUGAUCGCAUUCCAUCUCUCACACCCUUAGGAUGCGUCAAAGAUGGUUGGACUUUCCUUAGUCUCGCCGUAUGUGCAGAAGCUCCUCAGAUGACCAGGUAUAUUUUGAAAUCCAUCCAUGAAACCCCUGGUUUUUCCCCAAUAGACUACAUUUUUAGCGGUGCAAAUGUCACAGCCAAUUUUCCUACCACUAUCGGUCUUUCAACAAGAGGUCAUCAGCUCGCCAUAUUUCGCAUUCUCUUUGACCUGUCUGAACGCCUCCUGGGUCGUGACAGGUUGCGAGGAGAGCUUGGGUUUGCGCUAACUGACGAAGAUGGAUUCAAUCUCUGUUCAACUGCUUCUCCAGAUUUGGCAAACCAUAUUCAAGAAGGAACACAGUGCCUUGAUAUGCAAAGGCUCUCUGGGGGCUCUACAGCCUACCAGUUCAUCCCAACGAAGCGAAUGUGGAGUGCAGCGUGUUUCAAUCCUCAUGGGGUUGAAUUCCUUGAUUUCUUGCACAAGUAUUGGGGCAAUGCUGCCGAUAUUAAUCAUCAAUGCAAAUAUCAUGGCUCACCACUUCAGAUCGCCGUUUACACCGGGCGCCUUGAUUUAGUCAUAUGGCUGAAAGACCAUGGCGCCGAUCUCCGUACGGGUAUGGUAUAUACGAUUGCUCACGACGCCGCGGAUCUUGCUUCAGCAGAAAGUGAAGCAAUUCUCGCCCAGCUCCUCCCAGAAUGUCAGUUCGACCUAGUUGAGAACUGGAAAAGUGCAGCGCUCUUACUUGAAUGUCUACUAGAUGGCACGGACUUCGCAAUCACAAGAGCUAAAAUUGAUCCCAACAAUAACCUCGCGACACGUGCGCUUCUAAGGCAUGAAUAUGAGAUGCGAGCUGUACGGAAAUGCAAGCAGAUACUAUCUCUGUUUGCGGAGAUAUCUUCGAAGCAGGUCAUUCCGUCUGAACGAAUCAAGUUUGACACAAUUAUUGAGGACUUCCGACGAGACGUCGGGAAACAGGCCCGCGAAUACGAAUAUCAUCGACUAGCAGACACUUUGACUGUGCGUGAUAACUACUUUCCUUUAAAAAGACGCUUUUCUGAAAUUUCUUUGACGUGUUCUAGUGCAGUAUGGGCGGAAUCACCCAAACAGCGAUACUACUAG